GCGGAGGGUGGUUAUCAAAGCUCUUCACAGAAGAUCUUCGCUAAACCUGUCUAGGCCUGCAUGGCCGACGAUGACUACGGAUCCUCCUCCUACCACACCUCCUCCUUUCUCUCUCAGUUCCGGGGUUCCGCCAAACUCUCCACUAAACAGUACUUCCUGUUAUGGUGUCGGUACGACGUGCAAAGGAACGGGUAUCUGACCCGCAAAGAACUGGAGAUGUUCCUGGCUGAGUUGCUGAUGGUGACCGGGGACAUCCACUUCUCCCGAGAGGACCUGAGUCAGAUGACAGAGGGUGUCCUCACUCAGUUUGACAAUAACAACAGUGACUGUUUGGAAAUGUGGGAACUGACGGAGAUAAUUCCAGUUGAGGAGAACCUGCUCUUUAAGUUCAGAACUCAGACAGCCAUCACAGGACCUCAGUUCACAGCAACCUGGAGGAAAUACGAUCCCUUUCGAGCUGGUUUGAUGGAAGCAUGUGACAUACACGACUUUAUGCUUGAUAUAAUCGGUACAGUCUGUGACAUGCAACAAAUCACACGAUCAAAGCUAACAGAACUCACCCGGAAUGUGGUGGAGAUCCUCGACCUCAGGGUCGGCUCCAAAGUUAGAAUGGCAGACAUGGCCUUUCUGCUCAACGUCGACUCUACCUUCAUGAACUGCAUCAAAAACGGUGACAGACUCUCAAGAUCAGAAUUUGGGGAGUUUUUCGACCACUAUGAUGCGGAUAUGAACGGUUUCAUCGAGGGGAACGAGCUGAUGUUACUUAUGGGAGAUCUGAUGUCCAGAUUUGGGAUUGAUCUGAACGCGACAACGCUAGCAGACACUUUGGGGAACGUACUGGACAGUUGCGAUGUUGAUGGAGAUGGGAAGAUUAAUAAGGAGGAGUUGGCUCUUCUCUUCUCUCAUAUUGACCCGGAGUCUUACAUCUGGGAGAUGAGCGCGAAGGAGGGUCUGCUACUUUGGUGUCAGAAGAAGACGGCGCCUUACAAGAACGUCAAUGUUACUAACUUCCAUACAAGUUUCAAGGACGGGUUAGCCUUCUGUGCUCUGAUUCACCGACACAGACCGGACCUGAUAGAUUACAACCAUCUCCGUAAGGACAAUGCUGUGUACAAUCUACAGUACGCUUUUGAGGUGGCGGAGAAGGAGCUGGAUAUCCCUAUCAUGUUGGACGCUAAUGAUAUCGCCAGCACUAUGAGACCAGACGAGCGCGCUAUAAUGACCUACGUUUCCUCGUACUACCACGCCUUCGCUAGCUCUCAGCAAGCUUCUCAAGCUGCAAACAGGAUCUGUAAAGUACUCAAUGUUAACCAGGAGAACGAGACUCUGAUGGAGGAGUACGAGAGUCUGGCUUCAGGGUUAUUGGAGUGGAUAGAACACAUGAUACCGUGGAUUGAUCAAAUGAGGGAACAACGAGCCAGUAGUAUUUCUGAAGUUAAAGCUAGACUUGAAGAGUUCCGAACUUACCGAUUGACUGUAAAGCCUCCUAAGACGGAAGAGAAGGGGAAACUGAUAACAGACUACAACACACUGCAGACUAAGUUACGGCUCAGUAACAGACCUGCUUUCUUACCUUCUGAAGGAAAACUUAUCAAUGACAUUGAGAGAGCCUGGGAUAACUUGGAGACCACCGAGAGAGGCGUUGAACAACAUCUCAUGUCAGAACUCAUCAGACUUCAGAGACUAGAACAUCUGUUUGCUCGAUUCUCUCAGAAGUGUGACAGCUUAGCAGCGUGGAUCACUGAGACUAAGGCUUUCUUUAAGAAGGAUAAUAUCGCUGAGGCUGACCUCAAUGAAUUACUGGGUAAAAUCAAGAGUGAUGACGCUUUUGACACAGACAUGGGAAUACACAGGGAGCGGCUGGAUCAGAUAGCUAACCUAGCACAGGACAUGGUACAGCAGGGAUUUAGCAAGGCAGCAGAAGUUGCAGCCCGAUCGCAAGCAAUGAACGGACUGUGGGAGAACCUGCUGGUAGCAAGAACAAAACACAGAGAAGACCUGGAAACAGCCAGGGAAACUCAGGAGAAGAUAGAUACGAUGAGACUAGAGUUCGCAAAGAAAGCAAACCCGUUCAACAACUGGCUAGAAGGAGCUCGAGAGGAUCUGCUAGACACGUUCGUGUGCCACAGUAUUGACGAGGUUAACUCUCUAGUUACUGCUCACGAAGAGUUCAAGGCUUGCUUACCUGAGUUCCACCAGAUCUUCCUCGAUAUCCAGCAACUGCAACAAGAAAUAGACGUUGUGGCCACGUUUGGAAGCAACCCCUACACCAACCUUGAGGUGGAUAGUUUGGGAACUAAGUGGAACGAACUUCUCCAGCUCAUUCCACAGAGAGAUCAACUCUUGCAGGACGCUUUAGUAAAGGAGAAGAAAAAAGACGAGCUCAGGAAAACUUUCGCUAAUCACGCUAACUGGUUCGCUAACUGGACCGCAGAAGAGCAAACUAAGAUUUCUGAGAGCACAAUGGGUCCUGAUCUGUCUCUCAACGAACAACUUGCUUAUCUUGGUGAGUUGUUGGAAGAGGUAGAGGGGUAUAAGCCUCAGUACGAGGAGCUCGAGAAUCUGAACAAGAUGAUACAGAACGAGGUUAUCUUUAACAACCCUUACUGCAAACACACUAUGGAGAGCCUUAACGUCAGCUGGGAGGAACUUCACAACUCCGUGGCCCGACAAAAGAACGCCGUGGAAAACCAAAUCCUGGUCCGCGACAGCAAAGGAAUCAACGAGGAGCAAGUGAAGGAAAUGAAGAGUGCGUUCGAUCACUUCGACAAGAACGACGACGGUAGAUUAGAUCACUUUGAGUUUAGAGCUUGCCUUGUCAGUUUGGGUUACAAUGUUGAUACUGAGGAGCAUCUUGUAAAUCACAAUGCAGAUAAUGAUAGACACAGUGACUUUGAAAGAGUGCUCCAGAUGGUAGAUCCUGAUAUGACCGGUCAGGUCACAUUUAACGCCUUUAUGGAUUUCAUGACACAAGAAGCUAGCGAUAUGGACACUGCUGAACAAAUCAUUGCUUCCUUUAGAGUACUCGCUGGAGACAAGCGGUACAUCACCCCGGAGGAGAUCAGAAGAGAGUUGCCGGCCCACCAGGCAGAAUAUUGUAUUGCCAGGAUGUCACCUUACGAGGGACACGACGCAGUGCCCGGGUCUCUGGACUACAUGUCAUUCGCUACCGCGCUCUACGGACAAAGUGAUCUGUAAUCUUGUGAAGGGUACAAGAAACUGUAGAGUCUGUUAAAUUGUCGCUGUCUAAAGUUGAAGAUGGAGCCCCUCGAGAGAGAGAAAGACGAGCUUGUCUUAGGAUUAGAAUGCCUGAAUUAUCCAAUGAUGCAUAUUUUGGAGAAACUGAAUCGUGCGACAGUUUCACCUCCUGAUAUAUGAACAAUUAGGUAGUUUUGAUUGAUGAUUUGCCAAUUGCCAUGUUGACAACGUACUCGCAAUAACGCUUAUCUUAUAUAUGCAUUAUAUAAUAUUAUCAAAUCAUAUUUAUUUUUUUGAGUGUGUUAUG